AUGGCUUCUUCUAGCGGAGUGAGUACAAUGCCCAAUAACUACGAAGAAGCUACUAACUUUGUUGUUAAGCAAAAAAAUGUCAUAUGUGAUUGUGAUGAACAUGUAAAAGUCUUCCUUGCAAGAACUGAAAACAAUAAUGGGAGGAGAUUCUGGAGGUGUGCAAGGUGGAGCAAUCAAUGUGAUUCUUUUUAUUGGUACGAUGAAUGGUUGAGUGAUAGAUCUCUACUGAUGCUAAAUGAAUUAUGUUGGCUUAAUGCAAACCUUGGAGCAUUGCAAUCCAUUGACUUGAAUGCUAAUUUGGAGGAUACUACAAUGGGUUUUGCUAUUCAAGAGGUCCAUGAAUUGAGGAGUGAAGUGGUUGAACUAAGGUUGAUCCUUACGAAGUAA